AUGUUUACAGCGACUGAUAGCCAAUCCUUGGACAACUCGGAGACCCCCAGCGAGUCAAAUACACGCCGUAAGCGUAAUACGUGUGCGUGCGGGCGUCGUUUAGCCACAAAGAACGAGUCACCCGCUGAAAAUGUCUUUGAUGAUGACGCCAAUGAGAAGAUGGCAAACCGGUGUGAUUUGGGCGGCGUAUGGGGUGGAGAGACGCAACGUGUAAAGGGCGGGGGUCAUCGUAGACGUGGAUGGAUGCAACUGGUGUAA